ACAAUGAGGAAGUGGACUCUGAUCUCAGGUGUUGCUGCUGGACAGAAUAACACCUGAGCGGCAGCUUGUUGCCGCUGAGUGACGAGAUGAAGCUGGAGCUGAAGAUUCAGCUGCUCAAGUUCUGCUCUGCAGUUUUUAACUCCAUCUUCCUGGCUCUGGGUCUGAGCGUAGCCGGCUGCGCAGUCUGGAUCCUGUUUGACGGAGGAAACGUCCUGACCGUCGUCUCCUCCGAGGACUUGCGGACGGUGGGGGCGGGGCUGCUGCUGAUUGGUGGAGUGGUGGCAGUGGUCAGUGUUGUUGGAUGUGUCGGAGCUGAAGGCCACUACAGAUUCCUGCUGCUGAUGUACCUGGGCCUCCUCAUCGUCCUGGUCCUGGGUCAGCUGUUCGUCACGCUGCUGCUGCUCAUAACCAGAAACAAGAUUGAACGGAGUCUGGACGACACAGUGGACCGGAUCAUCCUUCACUAUGGAGAAAACAGCCAGGACAGACUGAUGGACAACGUGCAGCACUACGGGGCGUGCUGUGGCAGGACGGGCCCUGCCGAUUGGCUGAACAACUCUUAUGUCCAGAAUCUGAACCUGACCAAACCAGACGUACUUCCUUGUUCCUGUUUCGGCUCGUAUCGUCCCAGCUUUGGCUCGCCCUGGUGCUCCGAGCUGCUGAACUUCACCGCGCCGCUGUUCGGACGAGGAAACGCCUCGUAUGAUCAGGGCUGCAAAAAGCAGCUCAGCGAUUGGCUGCGGGAGAACGCUCUGACCAUCGUCGGCAUGGACGUCAGUCUCAUGUUGAUCCAGGUGGUUCAGUUUGUCGUAACGGUUCACCUGUACCGCGCGUUUGGCAGAAAAGCUGCUUUGAGAAGAACCGAUCCUCUGGCCGACCCUGACCACGCCCACCUGGACCACGCCCCUGAAGAGCACCUGGACUACGGAGAACAGAACUACGGCUACAUCGAUCCUGACGAUGGUUACAUAGACCCCGCCCACCCAGCACAUUACCAUGACUACCCAAAUGGAGUAGACCCCACCCACUUGGCUUAUCACCAUGACAACCAGAACCACAAUUAGUCUACCUGGAGCCAGCCCAGGGUUAUCAAUACACUUCAAAUCAAACUGAAUUCUAAGAGUUUGACAUUUCUGAAUGACAGCUGUUCAUAUUUUAAAUCUGUAUUCAGUGUUUCCCCAUGAACUCUGGAACAAACACUAACGGAAACUGAAAGUCUCAAACGAAACCCCAGAUUAUCCGAACCACCACCUGAUCAAAACAGAGAAACAUUGUCCUUUUUCCUUCAGUUAAACUUUAUAUAUAUCUUCUACAAUGUAAAGUAGAAGAUCUGUUAUUAACUGUACAGUAAAAGUGAUACAUCCCAUUAUUUUAUUAUGUUCAUAUUCAUCGGUACAAAACUGUUUACGCUGAUCUGUUGGUUGUUUGCUAGUAAGCUAACGUUAGCCAGUGAGCUACCAUAAACAUGCGGUAGCUUACUAACGUUAGCUAACAUACUGCGCGUUAGCCCGUGAACAGGGGAGGUCUGGGAUGUGGGGAGUGAUUGAAAUGUAGUUUAAUAUAGAAUAAUAAUAAACACAGAAUCGGUACAUUAAUGAGCCGGUAAGUUCGAGCAUUCGAUCGCGUUUUAAUGCGACAGCAGUUUGCUUCUUCCUGUUCGUUCUCCCAGAUUUAAUGUGAAGUUAGAAACCAGAACAGUUGGAGGUUUGUGUGCGUUUGUUUUAGGCUAAAACUUGUUUUAAUUGUUCAUUUUUUACUGCGAUUUCACCUGUAACAUCUUUGAGUUCAAUAAACAAACCAGAUUUAACAUGACGGUGGGAACAUCUGGGCUGCGGUUUUCAGAUCUGAGAGGUUUUGGUGAAUCAAACGGUGGUUUGUUGGAGGUUGUUUUAUAAUUCUUAAAAUCUUUUUAUUUUAUUUUUUUCGAACCAGUGAGUCAUCAGACAGGCGGUCAUUAAGGUAAUUGAUACCAAGUAAAAAAUGAUAAACGUCCUCAAGCAGGUCAUUUUCAUUUCAGCUUUCAGGGAACCGUCUUUAGAGGCACGUGAGUUGUAGAUCAUGUUAGGCAGAUAAAGCUUCUCUACUCGUUCCUUUGAAGUGUACUAAUUCUGUAUGUUGCACUUCAGUUAUAUUGUAGUUUUGAUUCUGUACUUUACAAUGUUUUCACCUGUAGUUUGAAAAGAAAAAAGGAGUCUUUUUCAGUCUGAGUGAUGUCACAUCCUGUCGCUGUGUGUCUGAAGGCGGUGAAACUACAGUGACCAGAUCUGUCUGAACUCACUCUGUAAGACGACAAAGUCUUCUAAUCUUUGUGUUGUAAAAACAGGAAGUUAGUUACUGUAGUUUGGCUGCUGCUGUGGCCGCUCACCAGGCAGAGCGCACAUGAUUUACACGAGUCACAAGGUUGCGGUGGGAGAAUAAAUGUGACUUUACCUUUAUUGAAUAUAUAAAGAAACACAGGCAACAGAUACACACACAGCUGCACCAUAUCAGGAAUCUAAAAAAUGAACAAAUUAAUAAUAAUAUAGGCCUAAAAAAAAGAUUCAGUGAACUCAGCAUGUGGUUAUUUUGUAACAGCUAACAGACAGGAAGCUGUGAAAUCACUACAGGUGUCAACUCAACACGUCUCUCUCUUAAUAACACAUUUACAGUGAGCAACUCACUGCGUUUACCUGCGUCACGACUGGUUAGCUGGGCAACAGGGAAAGGACCCAAACGCAGACAGUACAGGCAGAGCUGGAGCAGAUCAAAGUUUAUCCAUGAGGCAGACGGGGGGGGCAGGGGCAGGGGCAGGUGGCGGGUUCCAGGGAACAGGUGACACACGGGUACCAGAAACAACCCAGACACACACCGCAAAAACCAACACUGUAAAUGAGACAAACUAGACAAAGAACAAAGGGAGUGAACCAUUAUAUGUGGUGAGUGGCUGAUGAGGGAAUGAGUUGCAGGUGAGGAGUGGGCGGGGCAUGCCAGAUAACUGCAGGGCUGAUGGGAGAAGUGGGAAAAGGUGUGUAGAUGGGUGGGGCAGUCAGGUGAUGGGGAAAUGACUGUGUUUGAAGAGGUGGGAAUGUGGCUGAAGAGAGCGACUGAGGAGCAAACUGACAACCUGAGGAUUGUAGUGAAAUAUCAGCUGUAACAGUCUCACCUGCACGGCUACCUGCUGCUCUGUCUGGGUGUCUCUUUAUACCUUUUCUGAUAUUCUUUUCUAUUCCUAAGUUCUCAUUAAUAAAAUAGUGGAUCUCAAA